UUGUCAUUCAGCGGCUCUGAAAGGAUGGAAUUGCGACAAAAUCAUUCUCCAUGCCUUCAGAAUGACACAAUUCUUCGGCCAAACGCCGGUAUAAAAAGGGAGAAGGUCCGUAUGUUAAAGGACGUGGAGUCCAAUCGGAAGAUGAUUCAACUCGUGAAGGAAUUUCCCUUUCUCUACGAUCGAAGUCACAAGCUCUUCUUUCACCCGCAAUCCAAUAAGAAGGUUUGGGAUGAUAUUGGCGAAAGACUGGGACGGAGUGGCAAAGAGUGUGCGAAGACGUACAGAGUGUUGUACAUCAGGUUUGGGAUUCACCACGUGAUGCUCAGCAGUGUGGAGGCUCAGAAGAAAGGCUUCCCGAGGAGGCAGUUUCCUUACUACCAGGACAUGUUGUUCUUAGCGAAUCACAUCGAUCCAAUACGUGCGCAAAAGCGUGCCAGGAAGAUGCUGAGGACGGUGAAACUUGAGCAGGAAACUGAAGACACUCCCGAAACACCGCCUCAGCCAAAAGCACCGCAAACAAAGAAGAAGAAAGCCACAAAGAAGUCGGCUCAGACGAAUAGUGUUCCUGUGCCUCUUGUCUUUCCCAACACCACACUCAGUUCUCCCCUGGAAGCCAUGGAGGAUGAGGAAGAUAGUAUUUAUUGCGACAAUUACUCUUAUGUGAUCGAACAAAUUCCGUCAAAUGUGAAAUUUAACCCAGCGACAGAUCAGGACUUCGCUGAAGACAUUUGUCUCAACGAUUUCCAAGGAAAGUGGCAGGAAGACAUCCCGAUGGAGAAGGUAUUGCCUCUGGAAAUGCCUCGCAAGGAUCCUGCGAACGCUGAAGAAGUAGACUUUUUCUUCAAUAGCGUCUCACAGCAAGUGGUGAGAGCUCGUCUGACGUCUGCCAAUUUCUCAGAUCUGAAAUCAUCAAUUAGAAACGCUCUAAAAUUCAACGGGAAUAAACUGUAGAAAUUGAAUAAAUUUUCUCAGUGCAAAAA